AAGAUGAGUUCUGUUGUUAAUGAUGUCUGGUGUCUUUUCUCUCUCUCUAUUGUAUCUUCUAUCAUCUCUCCAGACUCUGUCAGGCUGGUGAAUGGGACCAGUCUGUGCUCAGGCAGACUGGAGGUGAAGACUAACCAGUCUAUCCAGCGCUGGUCUUCAGUGUGUGAAGAUGACUUUGACCAGCAGGAUGCAGAGGUGGUCUGUAGGGAGCUUGGCUGUGGGGCUCCUUCAGUCCUCCAGGGGGCGCUCUAUGGAGAAGUGGAGCCUCCAAUGAGGACCAAAGAGUUCCAGUGUGGAGGCAAUGAGUCUGCUCUCCUGGACUGUAGAAGCUCAGGCUCAGAUAGAAACACCUGCUCACCUGGAAAAGCUGUUGGACUCACCUGCUCAGAGCCUGAUGCUGUCAGGUUGGUGGGAGGAGCCAGUCGCUGUGCAGGAACACUGGAGGUGAAACAUGAAGGAGAAUGGAGACCAGUGAGAUACAAUAACUCUGGCUGGACCCUGAAGACAGCAGCUGCUGCCUGCAGAGAGUUAGACUGUGGCUCUGCUGUUUCUGUAGAGAGAGAAGAGUCCUCAGUCAGAUCUGUGUGGAGGAUCAGGUCUGACUGUGUUGAGUCUGGAUCUGCUCUGAGGGAGUGUGCUGAAUCAGAUUCCUCUUCCUCCUUCCUUAAUAUCACCUGCUCAGACUCUGUCAGGCUGGUGAAUGGGACCAGUCUGUGCUCAGGCAGACUGGAGGUGAAGACUAACCAGUCUAUCCAGCGCUGGUCUUCAGUGUGUGAAGAUGACUUUGACCAGCAGGAUGCAGAGGUGGUCUGUAGGGAGCUUGGCUGUGGGGCUCCUUCAGUCCUCCAGGGGGCGCUCUAUGGAGAAGUGGAGCCUCCAAUGAGGACCAAAGAGUUCCAGUGUGGAGGCCAUGAGUCUGCUCUCCUGGACUGUAGAAGCUCAGGCUCAGAUAGAAACACCUGCUCACCUGGAAAAGCUGUUGGACUCACCUGCUCAGAGCCUGUCAGGUUGGUGGGAGCAGCCAGUCGCUGUGCAGGAACACUGGAGGUGAAACAUGACGGAGAAUGGAGACCAGUGAGUUACUACUCUGGCUGGACCCUGAAGACAGCAGCUGCUUUCUGCAGAGAGUCAGACUGUGGCUCUGCUGUUUCUGUAGAGAGAGAAGAGUCCUCAUACAGAUCUGUGUGGUGGAUCAGGUCUGACUGUGGUGAGUCUGGAUCUGCUCUGAGGGAGUGUGCUGAAUCAGCUUCCUCUUCCUCCUUCCUUCAUCUCACCUGCUCAGACUCUGUCAGGCUGGUGAAUGGGACCAGUCUGUGCUCAGGCAGACUGGAGGUGAAGACUAACCAGUCUAUCCAGCGCUGGUCUUCAGUGUGUGAAGAUGACUUUGACCAGCAGGAUGCAGAGGUGGUCUGUAGGGAGCUUGGCUGUGGGGCUCCUUCAGUCCUCCAGGGGGCGCUCUAUGGAGAAGUGGAGCCUCCAAUGAGGACUAAAGAGUUCCAGUGUGGAGGCCAUGAGUCUGCUCUCCUGGACUGUAGAAGCUCAGGCUCAGAUAGAAACACCUGCUCACCUGGAAAAGCUGUUGGACUCACCUGCUCAGAGCCUGAUGCUGUCAGGUUGGUGGGAGGAGCCAGUCGCUGUGCAGGAACACUGGAGGUGAAACAUAACGGAGAAUGGAGACAAGUGAUUGGUUACCCUGUCUCGACCCUGAAGACAGCAGCUGCUGCCUGCAGAGAGUUAGACUGUGGCUCUGCUGUUUCUGUAGUAGAGAGAGAAGAGUCCUCACGCAGAUCUGUGUGGAGGAUCAGGUCUGACUGUGUUGAGUCUAGAUUUGCUCUGAGGGAGUGUGCUGAAUCAGAUUACUCUUCCUCCUUCCUUCAUCUCACCUGCUCAGACUCUGUCAGGCUGGUGAAUGGGACCAGUCUGUGCUCAGGCAGACUGGAGGUGAAGACUAACCAGUCUAUCCAGCGCUGGUCUUCAGUGUGUGAAGAUGACUUUGACCAGCAGGAUGCAGAGGUGGUCUGUAGGGAGCUUGGCUGUGGGGCUCCUUCAGUCCUCCAGGGGGCGCUCUAUGGAGAAGUGGAGCCUCAAGUGAGGACCAAAGAGUUCCAGUGUGGAGGCCAUGAGUCUGCUCUCCUGGACUGUAGAAGCUCAGGCUCAGAUAGAAACACCUGCUCACCUGGAAAAGCUGUUGGACUCACCUGCUCAGAGCCUGAUGCUGUCAGGUUGGUGGGAGGAGCCAGUCGCUGUGCAGGAACACUGGAGGUGAAACAUAACGGAGAAUGGAGACCAGUGAGUUACUAUUUCUCUGUCUGGAGCCUGAAGAGAGCAGCUGCUGCCUGCAGAGAGUCAGACUGUGGCUCUGCUGUUUCUGUAGAGAGAGAAGAGUCCUCAGACAGAUCUGUGUGGUUUAUCAGCUCUGUCUGUGUUGAGUCUGGAUCUGCUCUGAGGGAGUGUGCUGAAUCAGCUUCCUCUUCCUCCUUCCUUCAUCUCACCUGCUCAGACUCUGUCAGGCUGGUGAAUGGGACCAGUCUGUGCUCAGGCAGACUGGAGGUGAAGACUAACCAGUCUAUCCAGCGCUGGUCUUCAGUGUGUGAAGAUGACUUUGACCAGCAGGAUGCAGAGGUGGUCUGUAGGGAGCUUGGCUGUGGGGCUCCUUCAGUCCUCCAGGGGGCGCUCUAUGGAGAAGUGGAGCCUCAAAUGAGGACCAAAGAGUUCCAGUGUGGAGGCCAUGAGUCUGCUCUCCUGGACUGUAGAAGCUCAGGCUCAGAUAGAAACACCUGCUCACCUGGAAAAGCUGUUGGACUCACCUGCUCAGAGUCUGUCAGGUUGGUGGGAGGAGCCAGUCGCUGUGGAGGAUCACUGGAGGUGAAACAUAAAGGAGAAUGGAGACCAGUGGAUGACCCUUUCUCUGGCUGGACCCUUAAGACAGCAGCUGCUGCCUGCAGAGAGUCAGACUGUGGCUCUGCUGUUUCUGUAGUAGAGAGACAAGAGUCCUCAGGCAGAUCUGUGUGGUGGAUCAGGUCUGACUGUGUUGAGUCUGGAUCUGCUCUGAGGGAGUGUGCUGAAUCAGAUUCCUCUUCCUCCUUCCUUCAUCUCACCUGCUCAGACUCUGUCAGGCUGGUGAAUGGGACCAGUCUGUGCUCAGGCAGACUGGAGGUGAAGACUAACCAGUCUAUCCAGCGCUGGUCUUCAGUGUGUGAAGAUGACUUUGACCAGCAGGAUGCAGAGGUGGUCUGUAGGGAGCUUGGCUGUGGGGCUCCUUCAGUCCUCCAGGGGGCGCUCUAUGGAGAAGUGGAGCCUCCAAUGAGGACCAAAGAGUUCCAGUGUGGAGGCCAUGAGUCUGCUCUCCUGGACUGUAGAAGCUCAGGCUCAGAUAGAAACACCUGCUCACCUGGAAAAGCUGUUGGACUCACCUGCUCAGAGUCUGUCAGGUUGGUGGGAGGAGCCAGUCGCUGUGCAGGAACACUGGAGGUGAAACAUAACGGAGAAUGGAGACCAGUGAGUUACUCUGACUGGACCCUGAAGAGAGCAGCUGCUCCCUGCAGAGAGUUAGACUGUGGCUCUGCUGUUUCUGUAGAGAGAGAAGAGUCCUCAUACAGAUCUGUGUGGGAGAUCAGGUCUGACUGUGUUGAGUCUGGAUCUGCUCUGAGGGAGUGUGCUGAAUCAGAUUCCUCUUCCUCCUUCCUUCAUCUCACCUGCUCAGACUCUGUCAGGCUGGUGAAUGGGACCAGUCUGUGCUCAGGCAGACUGGAGGUGAAGACUAACCAGUCUAUCCAGCGCUGGUCUUCAGUGUGUGAAGAUGACUUUGACCAGCAGGAUGCAGAGGUGGUCUGUAGGGAGCUUGGCUGUGGGGCUCCUUCAGUCCUCCAGGGGGCGCUCUAUGGAGAAGUGGAGCCUCCAAUGAGGACCAAAGAGUUCCAGUGUGGAGGCCAUGAGUCUGCUCUCCUGGACUGUAGAAGCUCAGGCUCAGAUAGAAACACCUGCUCACCUGGAAAAGCUGUUGGACUCACCUGCUCAGAGCCUGAUGCUGUCAGGUUGGUGGGAGGAGCCAGUCGCUGUGCAGGAACACUGGAGGUGAAACAUAACGGAGAAUGGAGACCAGUGAGUUACAACUAUAACUCUGACUGGACCCUGAAGAGAGCAGCUGCUGCCUGCAGAGAGUCAGACUGUGGCUCUGCUGUUUCUGUAGAGAGAGAAGAGUCCUCAGACAGAUCUGUGUGGUGGAUCAGGUCUGACUGUGGUGAGUCUGGAUCUGUUCUGAGGGAGUGUGCUGCAUCAGCUUCCUCUUCCUCCUUCCUUCAUCUCACCUGCUCAGACUCUGUCAGGCUGGUGAAUGGGACCAGUCUGUGCUCAGGCAGACUGGAGGUGAACACUAACCAGUCUACCCAGCGCUGGUCCUCAGUGUGUGAAGAUGACUUUGACCAGCAGGAUGCAGAGGUGGUCUGUAGGGAGCUUGGCUGUGGGACUCCUUCAGUCCUCCAGGGGGCGCUCUAUGGAGAAGUGGAGCCUCCAAUGAUGACCAAAGAGUUCCAGUGUGGAGGCCAUGAGUCUGCUCUCAUGGACUGUAGAAGCUCAGGCUCAGAUAGAAACACCUGCUCACCUGGAAAAGCUGUUGGACUCACCUGCUCAGAGCCUGUCAGGUUGGUGGGAGGAGACAGUCGCUGUGCAGGAACACUGGAGGUGAAACAUAAUGGAGAACGGAGACCAGUGAGUUACCGUCACUCUGGCUGGACCCUGAAGACAGCAGCUGCUGCCUGCAGAGAGUCAGACUGUGGCUCUGCUGUUUCUGUAGUAGAGAGAAAAGAGUCGUCAGACAGAUCUAUGUGGUGGAUCAUGUAUGACUGUGUUCAUUCUGGAUCUGCUCUGAGGGAGUGUGCAGCAUCAGCUUCCUCUCACUCCAUCGUGGAUCUUAUCUGUUCAGACUCUGUCAGGCUGGUGAAUGGGACCAGUCUGUGCUCAGGCAGACUGGAGGUGAAGACUAACAAGUCUACGCAGCACUGGUCCUCAGUGUGUGAAGAUGACUUUGACCAGCAGGAUGCAGAGGUGGUCUGUAGGGAGCUUGGCUGUGGGGCUCCUUCAGUCCUCCAGGGGGCGCUCUAUGGAGAAGUGGAGCCUCCAAUGAGGACCAAAGAGUUCCAGUGUGCAGGCCAUGAGUCUGCUCUCCUGGACUGUAGAAGCUCAGGCUCAGAUAGAAACACAUGCUCACCUGGAAAAGCUGUUGGACUCACCUGCUCAGAGUCUGAUGCCCUCAGGUUGGUGGGAGGAGCCAGUCGCUGUGCAGGAUCACUAGAGCUGAAGCAUCACGGAGAAUGGAGACGAGUGAGUUUCUCUUACUGGACCCUGAAGACAGCAGCUGCUGCCUGCAGAGAGUUGGAAUGUGGCUCUGCUGUUUCUUUAGGGGGAAAAGCAUCCUCAGACAGAUCUCUGUUGAGGAUCUGGUCUGACUGUGUUCAGUCUGGAUCUGCUCUGAGGGAAUGUGCAUCACCAGCUUCUUCUCCCUUCAUCGUGGAUCUCACAUGCUCAGACUCUGUCAGGCUGGUGAAUGGGACCAGUCUGUGCUCAGGCAGACUGGAGGUGAAGACUAACCAGUCUACCCAGCACUGGUCCUCAGUGUGUGAAGAUGACUUUGACCAGCAGGAUGCAGAAGUGGUCUGUAGGGAGCUUGGCUGUGGGGCUCCUUCCAUCCUCCAGGGGGCGCUCUAUGGAGAAGUGGAGCCUCCAAUGAGGACCAAAGAGUUCCAGUGUGGAGGCCAUGAGUCUGCUCUCCUGGACUGUAGAAGCUCAGGCUCAGAUAGAAACACCUGCUCACCUGGAAAAGCUGUUGGACUCACCUGCUCAGAGCCUGAUUUUGUCAGGUUGGUGGGAGGAGCCAGUCGCUGUGCAGGAGCACUGGAGGUGAAACAGGGAGAAUGGAGACCAGUCAUUUACAUUGACUCUGACUGGACCCUAAAUACAGCAGCUGCUUUCUGCAGAGAGUUAGACUGUGGCUCUGCUAUUUCUGUAGGAAAGAGAGAAGAGUUCACACGCAGAUCAGUGUGGGGGAUCAGCUCUGUCUGUGUUCAGUCUGGAUCUGUUCUGAGGGAGUGUGUAGAUUCAGCAUCCUUUAAGUCCUUCCUGAAUCUCACCUGCUCAGACUCUGUCAGGCUGGUGAAUGGGACCAGUCUGUGCUCAGGCAGACUGGAGGUGAAGACUAACCAGUCUACCCAGCGCUGGUCCUCAGUGUGUGAAGAUGACUUUGAUCAGCAGGAUGCAGAGGUGGUCUGUAGGGAGCUUGGCUGUGGGGCUCCUUCAGUCCUCCAGGGGGCGCUCUAUGGAGAAGUGGAGGCUCCAAUGAGGACCAAAGAGUUCCAGUGUGGAGGCAAUGAGUCUGCUCUCCUGGACUGUAGAAGCUCAGGCUCAGAUAGAAACACCUGCUCACCUGGAAAAGCUGUUGGACUCACCUGUUCAGAGACUGGUGUGGUCAGGUUGCUGGGAGGAGACAGUCGCUGUGCAGGAACACUAGAGCUAAAACAUAAUAGAGAAUGGAGAGCAGUGAUUGGUUCUGGCUCAACACUGAAGAUAGCAGCUGCUGCCUGCAGAGAGUUGAGCUGUGGCUCUGCUGUUUCUGUAGUAGACAGAGAAGAGUUCUCAGUCAAAUAUGUGUGGAAGAUCUGGUCUGACUGUGUUGAGUCUGGAUCUGCUCUGAGGGAGUGUGCUGCAUCAGAUUUAUCUUCCUUAAUCCCAAAUCUUACCUGCUCAGACCUGCUGCUUCAGCCCAACAUCUCUGUGUCCUCCUCCUUGGACAGGGUGUCCGAGGCCCAGCAGGAGAGAUUCCAGGUGUUCUGGCACUCCGACUUCACCAUCAGCUGCUCCAUCCAGCCACAGUACCCAGGAGGCUCUUUCCAGCUCACCUUCACCUCCUCCCACUCAGCACACAACUCAAUCCAGCCAGCUGUCAAUCACUCUGCCCACUUCCUGUUUCCUGCUGCAGAGCCCGCCCACCAAGGAAGCUACAGCUGUGUUUAUCACCUCUAUGUUUUCUCUCAUAACUUCUCCUCUGAGAGCCAUGUGCUCUCCCUCGGCGUCAUAGAUCCGAGGCCUUUAAUCAUCAGAGCGAUCCUCCUGCCGCUGAUUCUGCUGGUGGUGAACACUUUCCUUUACUUUUACUGUACGGCCAACAGGGGGCAGCUGCCGUGCAGACAGAACAACAUUGAGCCGGAUUAUUAUAACCUGGGUGUUCCUGCAGCUGAAAGGCGGCCGACUGAAGAGGAAGGAGCUCAGGGAGCAGAGUAGCACCUCCAAGGAGCUCAUCUUACAUCCCCACUUGGGAAUUCCUAUUCAUUUACCCUUACAAAACCUUUAAAUUCAUGUAUUGGUCAUCAUUGGUGUCCCCCCACUUGUGUGCAAAAUGCGGGGCCCCUGGGGCCUUUCUGUGAGGAUUUUUUGAAAAGUGGAAAUAUAUUGAAUACUGAAACAUUAUUAUUCUUCCCAGAUGUCCGAACCCUGUUUUAGGGACCCAGUAGGGGUCAUUGACACAGACCCAGGACCACCAGAAUUGGGUCACAUAUUCUACAGAACACCAUAUUUGAUACUGAAAGGUUUCCAGGUCAUUAAAUUCAUUUUAAAAGUUCCACAUCUCAGAUUUUCACUUAAACUUGCCCUUAUGACCUUUAGGGGCAAGAUCUUGGGACAUUUAGCAAGAAUUUUGCAGUUUAGGUCAGGACCCUUGCGAACACCAAACCCAAAAUUUCCAAAUGUCUCAAUAUUAGAGGAGGCUUAAACCCGGAAAUUUGGAAGGCUCUUUUAGUUGUUCUCUCUUAAUAAAUGUACAUCUUUGGGGUCCUUGGCAUGGACCCAAGAACACCAAAACCGGGUCAC